GCUACAGGGAUGAAGUGCUCUACUUUCUUAGUUCUAGUGAGAACACGGGCAGCAGCGUUUUGGAUCAGCUGCAGCUGUCUGAUGGACUUUUUAGGCAAACCUAUAAAUACUCUGUUGCAGUCAUGAACUCUACUAAAGAUAAAUGCAUGAAUGAGUCUUUCCUGUUUGGGCAUCAAUCCUUUAAUCCUUGAAAUGUUCUUCAGGUGAUAAAAUGACUUAGUAAUUGCCAUUAUGUGCCUCUGAGCGUUCAGGUCUAAGUCCAUCAUUACACCAAGAUUUCAAGCCAUAAUCAAUAGAUUUCAUUAGCUGAUUGUCAGAAGGCUCAGAACACAGGAUUCAGAAUUCAGACAAGAGAAAUCGUGAUAUAUUUAAAAGGUGCUUAUUCAACAUAGCGUGUGGAUGCUCGUCUCCUGCAGCUGGCUCAUUGGAAACUCUGGCAGAGUUCAGUUUGUGCCCAGAAGAAGGAGUGUUGUCCAGAGGAGCAGAACUCCUUAGUGAGCCGGGACCAGAGAUCCAGGAGAGAGGAGGAGCCGCGUCUUGCAGCAGCUAGAGCAUGCAGAAGACCAGGAGGAUAAUCCAAGCCGUGGUCAGAAGACAGGUCCGACGUCGACAACAGGCAGAAUCCAGGUAACAGUCGAGAAACAAAGUACAGGCAAACAGAGCAAACAGGGGUGGCUAAGACUCGGAAGUCUAGAGGUAGAAACAGGUCAGAAACAGGCAGAACAUGAAUCAUGACACAAACAGGAAUGCUAGAAUUAGCCCGAGCUGGAAUAACCUGGCACCAAUGGCUGGGAAACGGAGGUAUAAAUAGCAGCAGGAACAGGUGGAUCUAAUAAGAGAUAAUGAGCACAGGGCGGAACAAAUCAGAUAAGAGAAAAAGAGGUAAAACCCAGCCUAUGGUGUCAAGAUCAUGACACUGAUGUUGGGUGUAAAUUCUGGAUCUCUCUCCCUUUGGUCAACGUAUUUUACUCAGUUUUAUUUUUAUUUAUUUCAACAAAAUUGAAAGAAAAAAAAAUCUAAAUAUGCAAUAUUAUGAAAACGUUUAAAUCAGAAAGAUCCUGGGGAAAAAAUGUCAUGUCAUUCCUGCUGAACCAUCAUGGAACAGAAACAGAAAUAGGUUUACCAGCUUUUUUUUGCAAGAACAACUUUCUCUGCUGCCAGUAUUCACCACAGCUGAAUACAAUCACGUCAGAGAUCCUCAGACCUAUUAAAUGCAGAACUAGAUAUACAAUGGGAUCUUUUUAAAAAUCUAUUUAAAGAAAGUUCAGAUGCUCUUUUUUCUCACUCUUAAAGCUGAAUCUUUCUAAAAAUAACUCUGAAGUGCCUAUUUUGGUUUGUACUCUCGAAGAAAGAGUUUGUGUUAGGUUGCCAAAGUAUCUCUGAACAGACGAGCUGUGGGUUGCCAAGGGCUGCAGGGAGGGAGGAAGAUGGCAUGGGAACAGUUAGUUACACAUGGCUGUUCUCGCUGUUCUUUAGAUUUUACACAUAAAACAAGAGACAGGAGCUCAAUGAAGCCCUUGUCUUUUCAAAGACACACAAGAGCUGUCGUCAGAGCAACCACCAACCUCCUCCCUGUCCUCUCCUGAUCAUUACUGAGCGUGUGCAUCUUAUAGAGGUGGUAAACAACUGCAGGUCAGACAGCUGGACAAUGAACUGACGUCAGGCCGGCUCAAUCACAUUUGCUUAUCCGGUGACGACAUUAAGCUAUUUUUGCCAAAAAGAAAACUUGAAGGGAUCACAUUUUAAAGAGAGAGAGAAAAGAUGAAGACAACAGAGGGGAUGGGGGAACGAAGAAGCCUUAAAGGAAAGAGGAGCAGAGAGAUCGGAUAAAGCUGUGAACAGCCUGUCUUCAACAAGACACUCCAGAGGAGAAAUAUUGGGAAAAACUGAGGAUCUCACCCAACUUAGAUGAUGGAAGUGGUUCUGACCAGACUGCGGGACUUCUCCUGCAAGACUUCAACCUUUAAUAAUCAAUCAGAAGCGAGUUCAUGCAGAAAUGCUCAGAGCCACACUUACCACAGAUGCACAGCUGGAAGAGAAAGCAGCAGAUUGGACAUAGGGAGUGCACUGGCCUGGCUGCGAAUGGAGCUGAUGGAGAUGCGUUCCCAGGACCAAGCUCUGAUCCGGCAGCUUAUGCACCUUCAUUCGGGGAUCCAGGAGCUCAAACAAGAGCUGUCUGAGGAGGAGGAUACAGAAGAGGAGGAAGAAGAGGGCAGCUGUUGGGAUUCUGACAAUGAGGAAGGAAUCAGCAGAUUUGACACCAACUAUCUCUGUUGGAAGAUGCCUCAGACCUUUCACUUAGGUAGUACAGCUGGAAAAAAGCUCCACAGGAGAAGCUCUGUACCUUAGAGAUUCAAAAUUUGGAAGAAAUUGUAAUGUUUGAAACAUGUGUACAGUUUUGUUGCAUUUUAUAAAAAAUUAUAGGGUAGAUUAGUUUGGAUACCUUUAACUACACAUCCUCAAUGAAAAUUUUAUUUAUCUCACACUCAAGGCUGUAAAACAGAAUAAAAGAAAAAUAAAUCAUGUGGACCUUGGAUCAGAUGUUUACUGAUUAUUACCAUUGUUGUAAAAGUCAUGUUCACUUUUAAGAGGUUUUCCUGUGACUUAAGAACAUUGUAUGAGGUUAUGGUACAGUAGUGGCACGGUCAUGCUGAGGGUCUGGCAAAUAAUAAACUUCAUUUUCAAUACACAGCUUAGUAGGUAAUAAUUGAGCACAAUUGGGUUAUCCAACAUAGCAAUAACCAUGAAACACAUCAAAUCUGUUUGGAAUAGAGACUGUAAACCAAGGUGCCUAAGUAACAUCUUAAAGGGCUACCAUUCUGCACCCGCCAGGUAGAUUGCUUCACCCACACACCUGAAUUGAAUCAGCUACAUUAGAGGGCCUCUGCAGAGCUGAAGGAUGCCUGUAUUCAAAAUGCAUCUAAAAGUUGCAGGACAUGACCUCUAGAGGACUGGAAUUGGAGAUACUGUAUCUGCUGUAGGCUAAUAAUAUUUGUCAGAAAUGGCGUUAAUAAAAUGUUUUAUGGACUAUACCUAAAAGCAGGGUACCUUCCAAGAAAGGGAACAAAUCUGAAUCGGUUCCAUCACUUCUAAUAUGAUGAGUGAUCAAACAUCAGGCGGAAUUUAUGCCAACAAAAAACGGUACGGGGGUUAAAAGUAUAAUACUUAAUACAAAAUCUACAAUAAAUCCUAGCUUUUGACUUCAAAAUAAUAUGUUUUAGAACUUACUAAAGCAUCUGAUUGCAUCUUAAAAAGCUGAAAAUAUAGAAAAAAAUCAUGUAUGUAAAGUC